ACUAAACUGCUGGUUAGUUGACCGUUUGGGUUCGUGUUGAGCGUGCUUCAAUUUUUGUAGCUCAUUGAAUCUUGACGCUUCUCUAGUCAAGUAGCGAACAAUUGCCUAAUUGCUCAAAAGUAAUUUGAUUCCUUAUUUUAAUUGGAGAUCGACGAGCUUGAUUGUUUUUUUGACUUGGUUGAUUUGAGAUUUUUUGAACGGGACGUGUUUAGGCGUGUGUUAGAACUUGGUGAUUUUGUUCGAUAGAGUAACGACGAGCGGUGUCAUACAGUAUUACUUUUUCCAUUGAAUAUUGAGCGUUUCGCGUCGGUAAGAAGCCAUCAUCAUUCUCCCAGCACAGCAGAUCGGAGCCACGGUGGCACCAUGGCCAUCCGGGAUUACCUCCGUAGACGACAUGGCACACAAAGGGCAUAGCGGCGUGAACCAACUAGGAGGGGUGUUUGUCGGGGGGCGACCCUUGCCCGAUUCUACCCGACAGAAAAUCGUCGAACUGGCACAUUCGGGAGCCCGGCCCUGCGACAUCUCAAGAAUCCUCCAAGUCUCCAACGGAUGCGUCUCCAAGAUCCUGGGCAGAUACUACGAGACUGGAUCGAUCAGGCCAAGAGCCAUCGGCGGAUCGAAACCGAGAGUAGCCACGGCGGAAGUAGUUUCGAAAAUCUCAUCCUACAAAAGAGAGUGCCCCUCGAUUUUCGCCUGGGAAAUCAGAGACCGAUUGUUGCAGGAAGGAGUCUGUACCAACGACAAUAUACCGAGCGUGUCAUCAAUCAAUAGGGUAUUACGUAACUUGGCGGCUCAGAAGGAACAGUCCUCAACUCCACCAUCGUCGAGCGGAAGUGACAGCGUGUAUGACAAACUGAGGCUGUUGAACGGCAACCAAAGCAGUUGGAGACCUACUCCAUGGUAUUCGCCAGGAAAUACGACGUUUCCCUUACAGCCCCUGAGUCCGCCACCCACGAUCCUCACGGAUGAUAUAACCUCCAAGAAAG